AAGUCUAGGGACAGUUUUUUUUCCUUUAGUCAGUCUUAAUAAGGUUUAGAGCUGUGUCAGAAUCACUGGAUCUUGAAUCAUUCAGCAUAUGAGCAAACUCUGACAGAUACAAAUAUCGCCGUUAUAGCAUCAUCACCAUGACAGAAAUAAUGAAUGUCCUUGGCUCGACUUAAUUCGCAGGUUGUAGCAGCCUAAACGAUGGAUGGGGACUCGGAGCCCAGGCCUGGGGUAAGGGAGGGGAGCACCGCCCCAGAAGACGAACCCAUGGACCCAGACACCCCUCCCUCAGACCAAACCACACCCCCCGUGGGAACGCAGGCUCCCGCUGCCAUAGCAACAGAGGAACCCUCCAGGGUUCUGGAGAACAAUGAUGAUGAUGUGGUGUUGGUGGAAGAGGCCCCACCUCCCUCAGGGAAACGUUCCCCCACCCUGUCUGCUACGCAAGCUGGUGCCCCCUCUGACUGCCCUGAGCUCCGCCCCUUGGAAUCAGAAACCAUGGCGACAGUAAACACAAUAGCAGCAUCAGCCCCCUCCAACACCCCGAGUCCACACCCCACCUUAUCAGCAGCACCCACAGAACCCAUUGUCAUUGAUGAUGAGGAGGAUGUGGGGCAAAGAGGCUCUUCCUCACUGUCCACAGCCGGAGCUCCUCCCUCACCGGACAGUGGAGGUAUCCUGAGCAGCACGGAGCCCGACUCUGAGAUAAAGAUUGCCAGCGUCACAACGCUUGGGCCUUCUGCCGCCGCAGCCGAGGCAGAAACGGAGGGGGACAUGAACCUGAUGAUCACGAGUGUGACGUCCCUGCGGGGCGGGGAGGGCGUCGCUGAGAACGGCUUGCAGAUCAGCAGCACCUUCAGUCUGAACCCUGACGCCCAGAGUGCCAUCAGUAGUGGCAGGCCCCCGAACACCUUUAACCCUGGCCGGGUCAGCAACGCCUCCACCACUAGCCAGCCUGUGCAGAAUGGAGGCACAGGGACCCACCAGAGGCCUGAUUCGUGGAUCUCCCAAUCAGCCUCAUUUCCGCGGAACCAAAAACAGACAGGGGUGGACUCCACAUCGCCCGCCGCCUCCCUGCCCAAACCGCCUGGACCCUUUCCCUCUGGCUCACAUAACCCCCCUCGCACAGUCAAGGUGACCUGCGCCAACUGUAAGAAACCUCUUAAGAAGGGCCAGACGGCGUACCAGCGGAAAGGAUCCACACACCUGUUCUGUUCCACAACCUGCCUCUCGGCCUUCUCACACAAACCCACCCCCAAGAAGAGCUGCACCAUGUGCAAGAAGGACAUCACUACAAUGAAGGGUACCAUUGUGGCCCAGGUGGACUCCAGCGAGUCGUUCCAGGAGUUCUGCAGCACGGGCUGCCUGGGAGCCUACGAGAACAAACAGAACCCACCCAAGUCCUCCAUUAAAACCAAGUGCACUGUUUGUGGCAAACUUACCGAGAUCCGUCACGAGGUGAGCUUUAAGACGGUCACUCAUAAGAUCUGCAGCGACGCCUGCUUCAACCGCUACCGCAUGGCCAACGGGCUCAUCAUGAACUGCUGCGAGCAGUGUGGCGACUACCUGCCCAGCCGCGCCUCAGCCAACCACUUCCUCAUCAUCGACGGCCAGCAGAAACGCUUCUGCCACCAGAACUGCAUCCGGGACUAUAAGCAGGCCCACUCUAAGAUGACGAUGUGUACCGGAUGCCGGGCCAUGGUCCGGUCCAGUGAGGUCACCCACUGCAUCGGACCCAGCGGCACCAUGGAGCCCUACUGUUCCACAGCUUGCAUGAACAAGUCCAAGAUCUCCAGUGCCACUACCACCGUCCUCAACUCGGAACCUACGUGUCACUUCUGUAAGAAGACAUCUUUACCUCAGUACCAGGCCACUCUACCUGAGGGGAAGGUCCUGAACUUCUGCAGCUCAACAUGUGUCACCAAGUUCCAGAAUGCAACCAUUCAAACUGUAACCAAUGGACAGGCUCCCCUGUCUUCCACAACGAACCACAACAUCCAGCUGAAAUGUAAUUACUGUCGAGGGGCGUUCAGUCUAAAGCCUGAAACCCUGGAGUGGGAGGAUAAAGUGUACCAGUUCUGCAGUAAGAUCUGUUGUGAGGACUACAAGAAGCUCCACUGCAUCGUCACCUUCUGCGAGUACUGUCAGGAGGAGAAGACGCUCCACGAGACUGUCAAGUUCUCUGGAGUCAAAAGGCCCUUCUGCAGUGAAGGCUGUAAGCUGCUGUACAAGCAGGACUUUGCCAAGCGGCUGGGUCUGAAGUGUGUCACCUGUAACUACUGUACUCAGCUGUGCAAGAGAGGGGUAACCAGGCAGCUAGCUGGGGUGUCCAGGGACUUCUGCAGCGAAACCUGUGCCAAGAAGUUCCACGAGUGGUACUACAAGGCGGCUCGCUGUGACUGCUGUAAGGUGCAAGGGAACCUGACCGAGUCGGUACAGUGGAGAGCAGAGAUGAAGCACUUCUGUGACCAACAGUGUCUUCUCCGCUUCUACUGCCAGCAGAAUGAACCCAAUCUGGCAACACAAAAGGGCCCAGAGAACACCAGGCUUGGAUUUGGGAUUCAAACUGAGGCCACAAACAUUGCGAUGUUAAGUCAGUCAUUCACCAGUGGAGGGAUCCUUAAGGAUGUGAAGAAUAAAGCUGUACUCUGCAAGCCUCUCACUAUGACCAAGGCCACCUACUGCAAGCCACACAUGCAGAGCAAGCUUUUACAGACCGAUGAGGAUGAUGGGGUGAAGAGGGAGUACAUUCCUGUCCCCAUCCCAGUACCCGUAUUCAUCCCCGUCCCCAUGAACCUGUAUGCCCAGCUCACGCCCGCGCCCCUGACACUCCCCGUCCCGGUUCCAGUGCCGGUGUUCCUGCCGACCACACUGCAGGGGGCGGAGCAGAUUGUCCAGACCAUCAACGAGCUGAAGGCCAAAGUCCCCAGUGACCCCCACGAGGCUGACCUGAUCUCCAUGGCCGAGAUGAUCGCGGAAGACAGGAAGCCAGACGUGAAGGUGAAGAGAGAGCAAGGAGAAGGAGACGCCAAGUCCAGUGGCUCCAGCAGCAGCAGCUCUGAAUCAGAGGGGGAGGAGGAGAAGUAUGAACCAGACCUGGACCUGGAGAAAGACUUCCCUCAAGACCCAGUUCCUGUUCUGGAGAGCCUAGACGCGGACAUGGGCUUCACGCUGCCCCCUCUGCUAGUAGAGCAGAAGGAGGAGACCCCCCGACCCAGAGCCAAAAGACAGGGACACAAGAAAAGAGCUGUAGAUGUAGACCCCUCCUCCCCCCCUCCCCCCACCCCAGACGGUCCAGCAGAGGGGCGCUCGUUACCCCUUAGGUGUCGCUAUGGGGUCAACGCCUGGAAACGAUGGGCGCUGUCCCCGGCCGACCAAUCGGGCAAUGCAACAGGGAAAGUUGACACCAAGCUGGAACAUCCACCGGCCCGGUCCAACAGUGACCUGCUCUCUUUGAAAGCGUCAGAGCUCGGCCAGGCACUGGCCCAAUUCGUGGCUGAGGUGCGACGGCCCAAUGGAGAGCAUUAUGAACCUGACAGCGUUCUCUAUCUCUGCCUUGGCAUCCAGCAGCAUCUGCAGGCCAAAGGCAGGACAGAUGAGCUGUUCAGUGACCCGUGCUACCAACCCUUUGGAGAGGAGCUCAACAAGGUCCUCAGAGGCUGGCAGCCCAGCGUGAUGCCUGAUGGUUCCCGAUGGGGUCGCGUGGAGGAGCAGUGUCUGUGGAGCUGUAAGCUGCUGGGGGACCAGAGCCCGGCUGCGUUGCUGCGAUCGCUGGUCUAUCUGAACACCAAGUACUUUGGCCUGCGCACGGCGGAGCAGCAUCUGCGCCUCUCCUUCGCCAGCGUCUUCGGUCCCGACUGCACAGACCCGGCCACACGGGAGACCACCGUCUGCAUCCGUGUCCCCACCCCCUCCUCCUCUUCCUCCUCGCCCUCGUCGCAGGGCCACUAUUCACAAACCGGAUCCAGGAAGAGGAAACGUAAGGAGGGGGCUGGUGACCCGGCCGACGACUCGGACAGCGGCCCAGGAAGCUCCGUGCACUGCCCAGUCAAGAGGCACGAGUGUCGACUGUAUGAGCUGUACCGCUCCAAGUGCCCAGGGUCGUUGAUGCAGAGCACGGAGAUCUUCUACGUGCAGCCGGAGGCUUCAGGCUCUGACGACGCCCCGUGGUUCUCCUCUACUCCUCUGGAGCGCACCGUCCUGGAGAGCAUCCUUACCCCUCUCCUCCUGGUCAAAGACCUCUACAAAGAGCGCCGCCUGGAGGAGGAUGAGGAGGGGGGAGGCGGGGAAUAGAUUCCACUCCUCGACCCAUCACAGAGGAGAUGAGGAUAAGCGUCCUCUUUCCCUCCAGUUCCACCUUGAACAGCUUCACAACUGGGCUGUAUUGUCUUUCACUAUUACCCCUCCAUUACUCACGGAUCUCAGGCCAGCUUUGAGCGUACAGUGGGUGUCAGGAUAGAAGGGACUGCACAUGCCCAGGACUGAUCGGAGGUCACCUCAUUCCCCAGGUCAGGGAAGGGGACAAGCCGGGGGUGAUGUGUGGACUGCUUGGCGUGUGAACAGCGAAUCCCCACGAACUGCUGCUCUUCCCUCGUUCUGGUGGGGCGACUCCGUUGGCUUCAUGUAGCAUUACUUACUAAGCCCAGAUUGGGCUGCCUGCUAUGAUGUGUAAAUAUUUUUGAAAGUAGAGGACAGGAAGGGGCAAAGAUGUCCCCCAGAAAGACCCACUGAAUCUUCCUCAGCUUUGACCCCCACUCUACCCCCGGGAGCCUUUUUAAAGAUGACAUUUAUUUAUUACGGUUGGUUGGUUAGUUGGUUGGCUGGCUGAUUGGUUGGUCUUGGUUCAAUUGUACGUUUGUUCUUUUCACGACGAUAUGGGAUGUGUUUAGUUUGUGCCGAGUGUGCCAUUUCUCUCUCCUCCGUUUAGAGCAUUAAUUAGUUCAUGAAUUAAACCUGCUGCAGUGUGGAGCUCUCCUGUGUGUCUGUCUUUCCCUUUUAUUUGUCCUAAGGUGGUGGUUGGCUAUAUGGGGUACAGUCUGGGCCUUCAGAGGAGUUUCAGGUACAGGAAUGAAGAAUAUGGUGUCCUGCCUAAAAAAAAACUACAUUUUGAAAUAAUUUUUCUAGGUUGUAAUCCCAGUAUUUUGUUUUGCCUCAUUUAAGCUACGUGAUGUUGAUUAUUUAGUUCAAACUGUAGCACUUGAUAAUGGGUGCUGUAUUACUUCAGGCUAGAGAGGGAUAUUCUGUCAACACGACAACAAUGGAAACGCUGUUCGAACCAGAGUGGACAGAUCUCUUUCGGGAUUAGAUCAUAGACAUGGCUGGUGACGUUUUCCUGAUUCCUGCCGUCUGCAGGCAUCCACGUUACACUAGAAACGUCUGCAUUUAUCCCUGAAAAUGUUGCUAUUUUUUUUUUUUUUUUUAUAUAUUUUUGUUUUUACUGUUUUCCUUUUAGGCCUAUGUUUUAUUUGUAUUAUUUUCUAUCAAUAAAUUACAAGCGAAUACCUCGUUUUAUGUUGACUUCUGAAUAGGAUUUUGGUUUGACGUAGAAUUUUCUUUGAAUGGCACCCGCCUUGCCUAUUGACUUCCAAGUGAUGUCUGCCGAUCCCAUGUGGAGGAAGGCCAGAGGAGGUCUGAGUGGAGCCGGGCAAGGAACGGAACCAAGUCACAGUUGGUUCUGUGACAGGCCAGGUGGCGCCAACACCUAAUUUGAAUGUGCCUGAUCUGUGUACCGAAAGUACGUGUGGGUGUGAGUGUGUAACUUGACAUAAGGUUCAUGCAGUGAGUGACUUGUCUGCCAAAAUGAUAAAAUAAAUAAUUUCAUUUCUUAAUGUC